AUGGAAGGUGGCUUCAAAAGCAUAAUGCACCUGAGCUAUCGCAACUUUCGUUCGAUACCGGAGGAGCUGUGCGGUUCGGAACGGCACAACAUUGAGGAGAUUUAUCUGAAGGAAAAUUUGAUCCACCGACUGCCGGAUUGGUUUCUCGUGAGGAUGGGCCAUUUGCGGUUUUUGUGUCUCGCCGGCAACAUGAUUAGUUCGCUGCCGGACGCGAUCGAUCGUAUGGUGUGUUUGGAAACGCUCGAUCUGUCCGAGAACGCGCUGCACGGUUUGCCGUCCACCGUUGGACGCUUGCGGCGACUGACCAAGCUGUUGCUGAAUGGAAACAGCAUCGAGCGGCUGCCGUUGGAACUUGGGCAGCUCCAGCAGCUAGAGGUGCUGGAAGUGCGCAAAAACCGUCUCACGACCAUACCCAUCCAACUGGCACAGUGCAUCGCGCUGGAAGAUCUACAGGUGGACGAUAAUCCCGGCCUGUGGUCCAUUCCAACCCGACUAUUUGCCCUGCCCGCGCUAAAUUACGUGUCGGCGGAACGGUGCAACUUGUUCCAGCUGCCGUACACCAUCAACGCCACCACGCUGUGCUUCGUGCUGCUGUUUAGCCACCAGCAAAGCCUCACCCAUUGCCCGCUGGCAUUGGAACGUUUCGCCCAACCGGAUUACGAAUCAAUGGAGCAGAAGGUGAAGCGUAUCAGAAACCCACCCUGCUAUCGGCAGAUCCGCUGCCACGCUGUGCCGUAUCUACUGAAUCUUCCAUCCGCGCUGGUGCAUCUGUGCGACCGACAUAGUUCUGCCGGGAUUUUACCCGACUUCCUGUUCGACACGGCAUUGCGAGCGUGCUGUGGUCGGCUUCGGUGGGAUAGUCUGGACGAAUUGGACAUGCCAAGGUACUGUAAGGACCGAUUGAUCAAUGGACCGGUGGCCAGCUGCAGCAGUGUCCCGUGUGGCAAGGAGAUAUUCACCACCGCUGUUUUAGCGCUUGUUAAGAGCAAGGAAUACGCGCACAACUUCAUCGUUAGUGUGUUGUUUUGCUCGAAGCUUUGUGCGGAUCGUUGGUUCCAGUACAACUGUGAUGCGUACGACGAGCUAUCGUGGGAAAUUCCAAACUAA